CCGGCUCCGCCUCCCGGGCGAGGCCUUCCAGGUCACCUGCGAGUCUCCGCCCAAUGGGGCCGACCUGACCCAAGCCGAGACGGCACCGCUCGGGACGUAGCCGGGGAUCUCGGAGGGAGACAGGAUGGCAUCGAGGAGCUCUGACACCCCAUGUUCCUGCGACUGCUUUGUCUCCGUGCCCCCGGCCUCGGCCAUCCCUGCCGUGAUCUUUGCCAAGAACUCGGACCGACCUCGGGACGAGGUUCAAGAGGUGGUGUUUAUACCAGCGGGCACUCACGCCCCUGGGAGCCGCCUCCAGUGCACCUACAUUGAGGUAGAACAAGCACCGAAGACCCACGCGGUGAUCCUGAGCCGCCCUUCCUGGCUCUGGGGGGCUGAGAUGGGCGCCAAUGAACAUGGUGUCUGCAUUGGCAAUGAGGCCGUGUGGACCAAGGAGCCCGUUGGGGAGGGGGAGGCCCUGCUGGGCAUGGAUCUACUCAGGCUGGCUUUAGAACGGAGCAGCUCAGCCCGGGAGGCCUUGCACGUGGUCACGGGCCUGCUGGAGCGCUAUGGGCAGGGGGGCAGCUGCCGGGAGGACCCCACGCCGUUCUGCUACCACAACACCUUCCUGCUGGCCGACAGGACCGAGGCGUGGGUGCUGGAGACGGUGGGGAGGCUGUGGGCUGCACAGAGGAUCCAGGAGGGGGCCCGAAACAUCUCCAACCAGUUGAGCAUUGGCGUGGACAUCUCAGCCGAACACCCGGAGCUCCGGCCCCACGCUCAGGCGCAGGGCUGGUGGGACGGGCAGAGCACCUUUGACUUCGCUCGCGUCUUCUCCCUGACCCAGCAGCCUGUGCGCAUGGAGGCCGCCAAGGCUCGCUUCCAGGCCGGGCGGGGGCUGCUGCAGCAACAGCAAGGAGGCAUCACAGCAGAGGCGAUGAUGGGCAUCCUCAGGAACAAGGAGAGUGGCAUCUGCAUGGACUCCGGAGGCUUCCGCACCACAGCCAGCAUGGUGUCCAUCCUGCCCCAGGACCCCACGCAGCCCUGCGUCCACUUCCUCACCGCCACACCAGACCCUUCUAGGUCAGUGUUCAAACCUUUCAUCUUCGGGGAGGGGGCGGCCCAGGCCCCCCAGGUGCUGUCCCCCACUUUUGGAGCACAAGACCCCCUUCGGACCCUGCCCCGAUUCCAGACGCAGGUGGAUCGCCGGCACACCCUCUACCGUGGACACCAGCUGGCCCUGAGCCUGAUGGAGAGUGAACAGGAUAAGGAGCAGCAGCUCCGGCAGAAGCAGCGGGACCUGGAGCACGAAGGCCUGGAGAUUGCGAGGCGGCUGCUGACAGCAGAGUGGACCCCAGCCCCCCAAGAACUGGGCAGCCUCUUCCAGGCCUUUGUGGAGAGGGAGAGGCAGGCCUAUGCCUGAACACACAGCUGCUCCUGGCCUGCGCUGAGCUGCGAGGGCUGAGAGGGCCCAGGACGCCCAGGCAGUAGAAUCAGAGCACUGUCUGCACCCCUACAGCCUUGUCCUGAGGGCCAGCUUGGCCUCUGUCUCAAUAAACAUGCUCUGGU